UAAACUACAAAUAGAAACUCUAUUCCGUUUUUCAAAAUUUCAAAGUAAUUGGUUCAAGUCAAUUUAAGUACAAUCUCAAAAUACAUAAAUAUAGAUCUAGUAAGACUGCUGUAAAUCCCAGUAGUAACAGUGUAAACCACUGACAAGUGGUAUUUGAAUGGAUUUAAAAAGUAAUAAUGAACAGAGCACCAGUAAGUAAACUCAAGUUAUACAUCCUAUAUCACAUCUGUAUUAACCUAUUUUAUUUUAGCUUAUCAAGUACCCAACCACUUCACUACUUCUUUGCUUAGACAAUAGUUCCAGCUGCAUUGGGUUUUACAGUUUGUUGUAUUGAAAUUUAAAGAAAAGUAUUAAACAGUGCUGCAUGUAUCAAAUUAAAAAGCAAAAACCAAAGCAGUAAACUAAACCGUGCACCAUCUUAUAACUAGUUAACAGAACACCUUAGUGUUGCAUACGUUGCAGUACAAGUACAAGUGCAUUAAACUUCUAGCUGUACAAUGAUACCUUAAUUUUCUUUUGUUAAUCAGAGCCAUAACCAUACACAUGCUUUGCAAGUGUACAUCUGCGUUGCACUGACAUGAAGAACAAGUUACAGUAUGUAUGUGUGUGUGUGUGUGUAUUAAAGUCUUUCAAAGUACUCCAUUCAAAUAAAAUCUUUUCUACCUCGGGCCUUAAACACUUUCCUCCUCUGUUAGCUUGUUUUUCUUUUGCCAUAUUUUUAAAUUUGUCUUUGUUUUCAUCUCCAGUCACGCACUGUUUUUCAUUAAUUCCAAACUCUCUUUAAGCAUUGUGAUUGCCAUGCUUUUACACAAAGUCAACAAUGCGCAAUUUCAAACCUGUUGUGUAGCUUUUUACUUUUUUGUCUGACUGUCCUCCUUUUAUCCAGUCUCAAAGACACCUGCAUUAUAAUAUUUCAUUGCAGUGCAGUUACAACGGACACAAGACUUCAUAAGUUUACUCAGCUUUCUGACCAAUAGCUUUUUGCUACAGAUCCCAGGGGUGGGUUCAGUCUGAAUGUUGACAAAUCAAUGGCUCGGAAGGGUGGUAAUAAGGAAAUUCAUCAACAUGGACAGCUAUUGUGUUAACAGUGAAGCAGUAAGCUGUGAGGUGUUCGUAUUUCGAAGACUGACAACUUUAACCACUAUUUUUUUUUUUCUCCAUUUAUAUUUUUUUUCUCCAUGCAUACGCGUCUGGGUCGAGAGGAGUAUAAAGGCUGGCCGUCUUCUUUCGUACGUCCAGUAUCAGCUUUACGCCAAGCAGAAAGGCCUCAACUUCAACAAUGUAUGCAAACACAAAGAGCCUAGGCCGGGGCCAAGCAAUAUUCACAAGGAGUUUGAGAGCAGAGUAAAUGGUACAGCAAAGAGUGUGCCUGAUCCAGCCAGAAACUCAAAAGUAAAUGGCUUGCAUGGCUGGGAAAACCUUGAAGAGGGAGAUGACUUUGAAUUCAGAGAUCUAGAGCCUGUCUCUCCUGUACGCAACCACAAAGCAAUGGAUCACCAUCGGGACCCUCCAACCAUGGCCAACGGCAAUGCACACAAGUCAAACGGUGCCUUAAAACCACUAGAAGAGACGUUACACUCGGUCAAGGCUUCUGUGGGUAAUACCCAAUGCCUUCUGUCGGAUAGAGACAGCAUUGACUUCAGAGACUGUGGGGCACAGCGGCAGCAGCACGCUAACCAAAACAGUGAUGCACAUUCAAACUCUGCCCACGCAGCAAACUUGUCAUCUUUGCACAGUAAUAUUAAACUCAAUGGUGCUCACCAUCUUACUGUUCAGGGGCCUUUACAUGCCAAAAGCACUUCAGAGCCGUCAUCAAGCAAACUCUCCACAGCCGGUCUUGCCUCUCCUCAUGCUAUGGCCAGACCUGGGGAGCCCAGCUUUAUAUCCGACUUCUAUUCCCACUCCAGAUUGCAUCACAUAUCAGCGUGGAAGUGUGAGUUCACAGAUUUUGUGAACACGCUCCAGCGGCAGAGCAAUGGCCUUUUCCCUGGCAGGGAGAAGAUAAAAAAACUGAGUGCAGAAAGGACCUCUUUGCCUUCCACUGCCACAGGGAACACAGGUUCACCUAUCCCCACUGGUCCCCAGAGACGCCAAACCUGUAUAAUGCACGUGGACAUGGAUUGCUUCUUUGUGUCAGUGGGCAUUCGAGAUAGACCUGAUCUUCAAGGGAAGCCAGUGGCUGUCACCAGCAACAGAGGGGGUGGAAAAGCUGCCCUGCGCCCAGGGGCCAACCCUGAGUUAGAAAUGCAGUAUUACAAGCGGAGAUACAUGAAGAAUAAAACGGAUGAGGUCCCUGACAGAUUGGGAGGUGUUACAUGGGAGAGUCCUGGUGCCGCUCAUAUGAACGGAGUGGAUCUGGACCGAACUGCUUUAUCCAUGGCGGAAAUAGCAUCUUGUAGUUAUGAAGCCAGGCAGGCUGGCGUCAAGAACGGAAUGUUUUUUGGCCAGGCAAAGCAGCUAUGCCCGAACCUCCAAUCUGUUCCAUAUGAUUUUCACUCCUACAAAGAGGUGGCACUUACCUUGUAUGAGACUUUAGCAAGCUACACACAUGACAUUGAAGCGGUGAGCUGCGAUGAAGCCCUGGUAGAUGUGACUGACAUUAUGACUGAGCUAGGAGUGUCUGCAGACUGCAUUGCAAGUGUACUACGUGCCGAAAUCAAAGAAAAAACUAAAUGCUGCGCCUCAAUUGGAAUGGGUUCAAACAUUCUGCUGGCCAGAAUGGCAAGCCGCAAAGCCAAACCAGAUGGACAGUAUUAUUUAAAGCCAGAGGAAGUUGAUGAUUUUAUUAGAGAUCAGCUUGUCACUAGUCUGCCAGGAGUUGGAAGGUCGAUUGGGUAUAAACUCAGUGCAAUGGGUGUGAAGACCUGCGGGAACCUGCAGCAGGUUUCCAUGCCUAAACUGCAGAAGGAGUUUGGGCCGAAAACUGGUCAGAUACUAUACCGCUUCUCUAGAGGGCUGGAUGACAGGCCGGUGAAGACAGAGAAGGAGAGGAAAUCUGUGUCUGCUGAAAUAAACUAUGGGAUACGGUUUACACAGACUACAGAAGCCGAGGCAUUCCUGCUGAACCUCUCUGAAGAGAUCCAGCGGAGACUGGUGGCGGCAGGAGUGAAGGGGAAGCGACUCACUCUCAAGGUUAUGGUGCGGAAAGCCGGCGCACCUGUGGAAUCGGCCAAAUAUGGAGGCCACGGCAUCUGUGACAAUCUAGUCAGGACUGUUAACCUAGAGCAGCCCACAGACAACAGCGAGGUUAUCGGGAGAGAAACCUUCAAAUUGUUCCAGAUGAUGAAACUAAAUGUAUUGGAUGUGAGGGGGGUUGGCAUGCAGAUGCAGCAGUUGGUCCCAGUCUUGAGAACAGCUUCCUUUGCCUCAUCCCACGCAAUGGCCCAGUCGCACUCUGUCAGGGAUCUCCUCCUUGCUCAGAAAUCAAAGAGGCCAGGCAGCCAAGCCACCGCGGCUCCUGAAGUGCACGUGUCAGCGGGGUGUUGUGACAGGUCCUCCACUGUGAGAAAUGCUGCUGUCUUAUCGCCUCAGAAAACCCUGUCGACACUGGAGCCCAUGCCAAGUACCAGCAGGUCCGAGCCAGUGGUCCGGUACAACGGAGGUCUACACACGCCGCACAGUGUCAAGACCAGGCUAAACCUCAACAUAGAGAUCCCAUCGCCUUCACAGAUAGACCACUCAGUGUUGGAAGCCUUGCCUGCAGAAAUCCGAGAGCAGGUGGAGCAGAUGUAUUUGAGCAGGUCGGAGGAGACGCCAAACGGAUUUGUCACAGGGCCAGAGUCUCUGGGCACCCUCGUUCUGCAGGUCCCAGAGCAGCUGGGCCAGAACAGUCACAGUGGCAUCAUUGUAGCACUGCCAGAACUCUCCCAGGUAGAUCCUGAUGUGUUUUCAGCGUUACCUGUGGAGCUGCAGGAGGAGCUGAAGAUGGCCUACAACCAACGGCAGGGAGCACCCGAUGCCCCCAACAAUCAGCAGAUCACAGUCGGGACAAGGAACACACAUCUGCCGCUGAAGCAACCACUUACUGUGAAGACAAAGAAACACAACAAAAAGAAAAACCUGGUGAGUCCGGUAAAGAAGACAGAGAGCCCUCUAAAGAACAAGCUGCUGAACAGCCCAGCGAAAAGCAGUGGAAUCAGAACUGGGAGCCCUCAGAAACUCAUUGUUGACUUCCUGAAAUAUGAAGAAAGUGCUGCAGGGAAACUAAAGCUUGAGACGGGGCCUUCCACAUCAGGUCUCAUACCUGUUCCCCAGGAGGAAGCCUCAAAAGUGCCAGUCCACCAAGGGCCUAACCUAGCUGGAGCGUUUGAGCUCGGAGACAUCAAGGCCCUACUGAAGGAAUGGGUCACCUCCAUCUCAGAUCCCAUGGAGGAGGACAUUCUGCAGGUUGUGAGGUACUGCACAGAUCUUAUAGAAGACAAAGACCUGGAAAAACUAGACCUCGUCAUUAAAUACAUGAAGAGACUAAUGCAGCAGUCAGUGGAUUCAGUCUGGAACAUGGCAUUUGACUUCAUUCUUGACAACAUUCAAGUGGUAAUACAGCAAACAUAUGGUAGCACAUUAAAAAUUGCAUAGGGGGAAAAAAUGUAAUUAUAUGAAUACUGUAUAUAAAAAUGUAAAAAUGAAUUGAGGGCCUGGAGCUCUCAACUCACUGUGCCAUAACUGCUUGUGAAGUAUUUGCAAAUAGCAUGGUAGUAAUGCUCUUUGAAAAAUGUUUUAUAUUAAAAAAUAAAGGGUUUUGUACAUUUCUUUGCAGAAGUGCCAAAUUUGUCAGUAUUGCAUGUAAAUAAUGGUUAAAAUUGAUCUCUUGUAGACUAGAUUCUGUUUACAAAAUGGUUGUUUAUAAAAGUUUUAUGGAUUUUUACA